AUGAUUGGAUCCUUGCAGGAACUGGGACACACCAAAAGAAAAAGAGUGCUAUUGUUCCUUCGUAAGUUUCUUACCGAGCACCAAAGUUUACCAUUGUUGCAACGUAUCACUUUAUUGAAGAGCAUCUUGAUGAUAGUGAAGGACAACACUGCAUACUUAGGCCGACCACUGUCAAAGAAAAUCAUCUCUUUGGCUUUGACAGAAAUGACCAAAUUAACAAGUAUAACUGAUGGACACAGGGAAACUGCAAGUAACAUCCUGCUAACCCUGGGCAGUGGUUUGCCCAUUGAUGUCUUCACUGAGCUGCAGUCAAUGAUCGAACGACAAAUUCCAGCAAAUUUCUAUGUGAUACUAACGCUUGCAAGCUUGUGUUAUGAAAAAGUGUGUUAUAUUGUUCCUUUGCUGAAACCAGUUUUGGAAACGAUGCUCUUUACGCUGCGUGUAGAGACAUGCGAGAGAAUGAAGUGGGUGUUCUGUUAUGCCUUCAGCCUUUUUAGUAAGAGCAUUCUGAUUUACAUCUCAAACACAGAGAUAGACCCACACCCUCUAGUGAGGAAGGAUUUGUUCUUCAAUGAGUUUUCUACUGCUUAUGACAUAUUUUUCCACUUCUGGUUGAACAUGAAGGAGUCCAAGGUGAACAUGGCAGUAAUAGAAGCGAUUGGCCAGAUCUUCUACCUGCUCCCCAAUGACAAAGUGGAGAAUGAGCUCCCCAUACUAAUUCCAACCGUUCUAUCCAUGUAUCAAAAAACAUCGAGCGAUCUUUCCAUCACUAAGGGUCUGUGUGGUAUACUGCAUAAUACCAUGGAAAGGGACAGUAAAAUGCUCCUGAUCCAUCUGGAACUUCUAGUCACCACUUUACAUCAACAGAUCUGUAUUGCAAUGGAUCAGCCCGUCAGCCAAUUAUCUGAAAUGCUACAAAGUAAAAUCCUUUGCAGCUUCAAACUUCUGACUCCGGCCUUUAUUGACCAGAUAAUAAAAUUCCUUCUGAUGGAACUGGAAAUCAAUGAUGAGCAAAUUCAGUUGGGAUCGCUGGCUGUAAUGAACCACCUGAUCUGCAAUGCCCCUUCAUUCCUAGAGAGUCAGAAGAAUCAAAUCCUGAAUAGCCUGGCAUUGCCAAUUUUAACAAACAGUAACAGAGUGAAGGACAUACUUGCCCAGGUACUAUAUACCAUGGCUAGUCACGGUUAUCUAGAGCUGGAGAGAGGAGUAGAUAUGAUUGAAUUUAUAAUCGAACAAUGUGCACUGCCCAUUGAGGAGCACGAGAAAUAUAUGGACGUCAGCAAAAGGAAAGAGUUCAGCAAAAUGAUUAUGGACAGGGAUGUAAAGGAGCGGUAUGAAGGGUUGAUGAAAAAACUGACCACAACAUUGAAUAUCGACAACCUUCUCUGGCCAUUGCUACUGGAGUUUGUUGUCCCAGUGAGAUAUACUAAUGCCUUAGCUACAGUCUGCAGUUCCCUGGUGUACCUAGGAACAAAGAAGCAGAAAGCUGGAGCCACAGAAUUUGUUCUGAAUUAUGAGGAACAUGUGAAUCUUCCAAAUCGUCAGGCAUUGCUGAUACGGCUGUUGGCUGUGUCUUCAUCUCCCAAUGAAGGGAAUGGUCGAGGCGCUCCUGCUCUCUCCUUACUGCAAGUCCUGGGUAUUAACAUUCACCCCGCAGCAGUGAAAGUGUGGGACAAACAGCUCCCAGUUUUAAUUAAUCAUCUUCAGGAAUUUCCAGGGAAUUAUCUGCCUCAGAGUCAGUGGGAAGAGAAGCUUUUACACGUUUUGGCCAAAACUCUGGAGGAAAUAGAAGAUGAAGUGUGGAUUGUCCAGCUGAGCGAAGUGAUGAGCAAAUAUAUUUGUAGAGCUCAGCUUUCUCCACAGCAGAAAGGAUUUCUCUUUAAGUGUUUAGGAAUAGUGUUACAGCUGGCCCAGAACCAGGAAGUGGUAAAGAAGACACUUCAUGAGAUGUUGCAGACUGUCCAUCAUGACAAAGAUUUAGAAAGAGAGGGCAUAGCUAUUGGAAUCGGCCACUGUGCUCACACCCACUUGGAUAUCACCUUAACCAUACUGAAAGAUUGUUCAAAGCUGAAUAUUUUUAAGAAGACUGCAAGCUUCUACCAGAUAAUGAAGGACCAGGGUAGCAUUGAAAUAAUGAAAGUAAGAAGCACACUCAUUUUAUGUUAUGGAUAUUUAAUCUGGUAUUCCCCAAAGCAGUUGAUUCUACCCAGAUUGGAGACUGACAUUCUACAGAACAUUCUUAGCCAUUUCAACAUGAAGAUUUUGGGAAUGAGGGUUCAGGUCAAGGAUUCAACAAUGAAGUUAAGUCUGAUAAAGACUAUAACCCUUAUGGCAAGAGCGAUCCUAUCCUUGGAAGACCAGUAUAGGUACAAAUUGGCAAGAAAGGCAGAGCUGGUGACCUACAUGCAAGAUUUCAUCAAGGCUGAGCCAAGGGACAUGAUAAAAACUUCCAUUCGAAAGGCUGCCCUGGAGGCUUCUGCAUCCCUUAUUGUAGUGGAGCCUUUAUUAAACGACCACACAGAACUGGUGAAAGUGUGUCUGAGCAGUGUUUUCAGCUUGCCAUCGUUGGAGAGCAGCAGCGUCAAUGAAAGCAGAGACAUGAAAACAGUCAAUGGACAGAAGAAGCUUUACCUCGAGACACUGGCGUCUCUAGAGAAUUUUCUGAAGCAGUUCCUACUGUUUGAUUUGUCACCUGACGGUCUACAGUUUCUAUUUGAGAACAUGACGAGUUGGAUAGAAUCCAGGAAGAACUAUGAACGAGAAAAAUCGUUGGGAACCACUCUACAUCUACUGACAUUUUAUCUGGAAGCCACUGACAUUAGUGGUAAGGCUCCACCCCAUAACCUGGCAGCUAUUACUGGAUGUAUAGUGCUUCGGUGUGCAGACCCAUCACUCUUUGUAAGGGAGACAGCCAUUGAAUGCUUGUACCUUCUACUUUAUAUACAGUUACGAUUUGAAGGGUUUCCUAGAGAUCAUAGCGAUACAGAAGUGGAACAUCUGAAAGGCAUCAAAAAUGGGCUAAAAGACACCAACAGUGAAGCCCUCUAUCGUGUGUGCACUGAUAUUGGUAAAGUCCUGUCCAAACGCAUGGCUCAUGACCAAGUAGACACCCUGCUCAUUACCAUUUCUAAGGGACUUACUGACAAGAAAUUAAAUGGUUCCUGUGUGGCUUCUAUUGUCAUAAACAUUCUCAUAAGGAAAUGUGGAACCAUCCUUACUGACAUUCCUGGAAUAAUCAAAGUUCUGUACCACCAGUUACAGUCAGUUACAGAGCCACAGGUAACACAUGCUGUGAUACAUUCUAUCUCAAUCCUGGCUUCACACAAUGUGCUGAUGACUUUGCCCUAUCUCCUCAAAUAUCAAACCCCAUUCCAGACAUACAUGGGUGAGAUCUGGAGAUCCCUACUGAGUGAUAAUAUACUAGCCACAACCUCUGUUAAAUACCUACUGGAUAAUUUAAAACUACUGUAUGAUGACAGGAAGCAAUGCCUUGUCCACAAGAUGACAAGAUCAACAACACAACAGUCCUUAGUUGUUAUCUGUGCUCUUCAUGCAAUGAUAUGCAAUCCUGAAUCAGAAAGAGUGAUAAACAUUCUAUACGCCCAAUUGUUCAGCACAAUUCUGAUUUAUCUCAGCUCCAUUGUCCAGGUCAACCAGACUGAAGACCCUGGUAACACUGAUGUUUGUCAUUACACUGUCGAGAUACUACAAGCUCUCCUGACAAAUGGAAAGAGGGAGGGUUCAAACAUGAUAAAAAGGGGAGGUUGGGACCUGAUCAAGAGUCCAGAGAAGAAUCAUGAGGGGGUUAUGCUGCUGGCCAAUGCAAUGGCCACAUGUGCUGUACCCCAUCUUAUCAGCAUUGUAGAGCAACUCAUUCCCCUCCUUGCGAAUGUCCACGAGGGACAGAGAAUCACCGUGGCUGCUUUCUUUGCUGAACUUUUAAAUAACUCAGUGGUGUUGGAGUUGUCCCUGACAGACACUCUUGUUGGAAGCUUGCUUCGAUGUUUGAUGGACACUUCUCCCACUGUCCAGCUGCUCGCUGUGAGAGGCUUGGGAAACGUUACAGUUGGAGCUUCUCAAAAGAUAGAAAAAUACUCAACCAAGUUGUUGCUUGCAAUGAAUGCGGUGAUACACAAGUACUUGAAUUCUAAUAAUCUCAUAGCAGUCGAGGCAAUGUCAACUACUUCAAAGAUCCUAAAUCAGCUGCCGGAAGAUUUUACUGAGUCCGUUCUGAUAGAUGUAGCACUCAGAAUUGAGCCUAUUUUUGAGCACAUACAGGACCAGCUGAGAAUUUCAGCAUUUAAAGUCCUUGGGAAAACAAUCAGGUUUGGCAAAAUUCAGCUGAAUCCUGUGUUAAUGGAACACAUUUAUUCGACCUUGAUCAGCUUGUUGCUGCAUCUCAAUGACAACUGCAUUGGUGUGAGAGAAGUCUGCAAGUCAGUGCUGAGUUUGAUGAGUCCAAUCAUGGGGUCAGAAAGCCUUGGAAAAAAGCUUCAAGAGCUCUCACUGGAGGAUACAACACUAGAUUAUGAGAAAUAUUUGAGGAACAUCUCCAAACACAUUAGCAGAGACUUGCCUGACAGGGUCAUUUUCUAUAUAACGAGCUGUGGUGCCUUCUUCAGGAAUAUACAACCUGGGAUAAGAGGAAAUGCUAUUACGUUGAUGGGUUUUCUCAUGUACUACGCAGCAGCAGAUUACUCCACGUUGUUUUCCUCAUAUCCCAUUUGUGAAGAGAUCAAUAAUCUGCUAUCUGAUCCAGUGAAAAGUGUCCGACUCAAAGCAGCCAAGGCAACACGGUACCUCUACAUGUACUAA